UGAAUUAAUUCCCCUAAUUAGCUGUCAGGCAGCAUGGGGCAGUGGUGGCAGUGGGCAAAACUGGCAGCCCCUGCCUGUGUUAUCCUCCACUCUAAGGCAUUGUUCCCAAACCCCAAUCACACCCCAAAAUUUUACAGAUUUGCAAAAUCCACCAUGGGGCUCCGUGCUGCAUCUUGGCAGCUCUGGUGAGCCCUAAAUCACCCCUAUCUCCCGUUAAAAAAAUAACAACAAAAGAUGGCAACAAAAUGGUUUAUGGCUGUAAUAAAUUGUGCUGGAGGGGAAAAAAAAAACCCUGUUUGCCUGGAAGCAAGGGGGGAGUUUCCCAUUGCCGCACGAAUGGAAGCCCUGUGUCCCACCACAGCUGGAGCCAGCAGUGACCAGUGGAAAGGGGGAUUUAUUGGAAGCAGUUUUCCUUCACGUCUAUCCUACCCGUUCACUCUGAUCAGCUGAACUGCCUGCCCUGGGACCAGGAGCUGGCGUUGGUGGGGGAAUGAGAAUGUUCCUGCCUGGCUAGCCCCAAGGGGCAGCAAGAAUGUGGCCCCUGUGUCCCCAGAGAGCUGGAAGGUGGCCAAGGCUCCACCACCCGCUCGGCUUGGCUGGACUCUGCCCCGUUCCUCCCCUUGGCUCACCUCCCAGCGGCCACAGGGACAGCAGCAGGGACGAGGACGAGGACAGGCAUGGCUGCCCCAAGCCAGCCCCAGAAGUCCACCUACGAUGUCAUUGUCAUCGGGGCCGGCAUCCAGGGCUCUUUCACUGCCUACCACCUGGCCCAGCGCCACAAGGACACUCUGCUGCUGGAGCAGUUCCUCCUGCCCCACUCUCGGGGCAGCUCGCAUGGGCAGAGCCGCAUCAUCCGCAGCGCCUACCCCCAGGAGUACUACUCCCGCAUGAUGCCCGACAGCUUCCGCCUCUGGCAGCAGCUGGAGGCCGAGACCGGCACCACCCUCUACAGGCAGACGGGACUGGUGGUGCUGGGGCUGCCGGGAGAGCCGGAGCUGGAGGCCUGCAGGAGGAGCCUGGGUGUUGACGAGGUCCUCGACGCCGCGGCGCUGGCCCAGCGCUUCCCCGGCUUCCGGCUCCAAGCUGGCCAGGUGGCCGUGUUGGACAGCACUGCCGGGGUGCUCUUCGCUGACCGGGCACUGCGGGCGGUGCAGGAGGUCUUUCGCCGACAUGGGGGCACCCUGCGGGACGGGGAGAAGGUGCUGCACAUCGAACCUGGGGCCACGGUCACUGUCACCACCACUGCUGGGGUGUACAAAGCCCCCCGGCUCAUCAUCACGGCUGGAGCCUGGACCGGUGCCUUCGUGGAACAACUGGGUCUCCGCCUGCCACUGCAGCCCCUGCGCAUCAACGUCUGCUACUGGAGGGAGAAGCAACCUGGGAGCGCCAGCUCGGGCAGUGUCAGUCCCUGCUUCUUGACCCUGGGGCUGAGCCAAGCCCCCCAUGGCAUCUACGGGCUGCCCUCCAUUGAGUACCCAGGUCUGAUGAAGGUGUGCCACCACCAUGGCAGCCCCACAGACCCAGAGAAGCGGGAUCAGGCCCCCUCGAGUGCCCCCCACCCUGACAUUGCCGUCCUGAGCAGCUUCAUCAGCAGCUAUCUGCCUGGGCUGGAGACCCAGCCGGCAGUGAUGGAGACCUGCCUCUACACGAACACUCCAGAUGAAGAUUUCAUCCUGGACCGGCACCCCAAGUUCAGCAACAUCGUCAUCGGCGCUGGCUUCUCAGGCCAUGGGUUCAAGCUGGCACCAGUGGUGGGAAAGUUGCUGUGUGAGCUGAGCCUGGGCGAGGAGCCAUCCCACAACAUGGCCCACUUCGCCAUCACCCGCUUCCCCGGCGUGCUUGCGGCUGCACAGUAGAUGUGGGGCUCCAGACGUGCCCCCAUGGCAUUGCACUUGCCUGCAGCUGUGUUCCUGCAUCCCAGUAUCCUCACACCCAGUGCACCUCCAUCCCCAUGUAUCUCCACCUCCCUGCACCUUGGGGAGUCCCAACACGCUGCACUCCUCCAACCCCGCACCCCAGAUAUCCAGCAUCCCCAUGUCUCCAUAUUCCACCAUCCCAGCACGGCUGCAUCCUUGCUUCUCCACAUCCCUGUAUCUUGGUACCCUGCCUCCCCACAUCCCAGCAUCCCCCAUGCCAUGCGGUGCGAAGCAAUCUCUACCGAGCACCCACUCCUGGGGAACAAAUUAAGAAGCUUUGUCAGCCUCAUGAAGAUGGAGCUGGAGCAGCGCGGAGAGACACACUCGCUUAGGAGUCAAGUUAAAUGUUUUAAUGUUAAAUGUGCCAUUUUAUUAUCAUUAGAUCGCUCCCACUUAAUGAAAGCGCAUUAGCGCAGCGUGGCUUUAUGGCAGAGAGCACCGAGCUUGGCCUGUGUGCUUCCAGGAGGUGGUGGGGAAAGGGAAACAACCUGCCAAGGAGUGAGGGGGGUCCCCAGGGUGCGGGGUGUCCCCGGGGCCAGGUGCAGGGCACAGCACAUGGCACGGGGACAGCACACGGCCAGGGCCGAGGCUGAGCCGUGCAGGCAGCCAGCAACGCACAUCAUCAUCUCCUCUGCGUUAAUUAUUUAAUGC